AUGACUACAGAUUUGAUGGAGGAGGACGACCCAAUGGUGGAGGACAUUGACGAGGAUGAGGAGGAUCGUUUUACGCAGGAGCAUUCGCGCCGCAUGUCCCUGAUGCGCGGGAGUCGGGCACCAGACUAUUACCGUUCAUAUCCUGAGACGCUUGAUGAAAAAGGAGAGCCUAUGGCAGUGAUGACACCUCCUGAGAAGUUGGUCCAUCAAAACUUUUUCAACAAAUUCGACGAUGACUUUGACGAUCAGGAUUUGGCUUGA